AUGCCUCGACGUGGUCGAUCAGCAAGCCCGCCUCCAGCUCCUCAGCGAAGAGCUGCGCCGCCACCAUCUAGGAAUGUACCAGCUCAGGCUCCUCCAUCCAGCCCUGCUCCCAUGGGAGCGGCUCAGCCACAGCAGCCUUCGCUUUUCGGCCAAAUGGCAGCAACCGCCGGCGGUGUCGCCGUUGGUUCAGCAGUGGGUCAUGUCGCUGGUAGUGCUCUGACGGGUAUGUUCAGUGGAGGUAGUAGCAGUGAACCGGCACAACAACAACAAGCUCAGCCGGCUCAAGCCACAUACAAUCAGUACCAGAAUCAACAGCCGCAGGGUCCAUGCGCUUGGGAGAUCAAACAGUUCAUUGAGUGCGCUCAACAACAGCACGACCUCUCUUUGUGUGAAGGAUUCAAUGAAGCCCUCCGUCAAUGCAAACUGAACAACCACAUUUAA